AUGGUUUUGGUGGGACAUAAAUUGAAGAUGGUGAAUAAUCAAUAUGAAGCAAAGCCAAACCCAUUUGUUAGUUGUUACCGUUUGACCCAUUGGGUUGGCGGGUCCAAACGGUUUGUGGGCAGAUCUUGUACUCGAAUCGCACGCACUCUUUUGUUCAUUCCUUCACACGCACGCAGAGUGAUGGAAGAAGAAGAUGAGUCCCAAGUUGCUCUAAACAAAACUCUUCCUGUUCGAGUUUAUGCUGAUGGGAUUUAUGAUCUCUUUCACUUUGGCCAUGCCCGUUCUCUUGAGCAAGCCAAAAAACUGUUUCCAAACACUUAUCUCCUUGUUGGAUGCUGCAAUGAUGAGAUCACCCAUAAGUAUAAGGGCAAAACUGUUAUGACCGAGAAGGAGCGCUAUGAGUCUCUUCGCCACUGCAGGUGGGUUGACGAAGUUAUUCCAGAUGCACCAUGGGUAAUCACUCAGGAGUUCCUUGAUAAGCAUCAAAUUGACUACGUGGCACAUGAUAGUCUUCCUUAUGCUGAUGCAAGUGGAGCUGGAAAGGAUGUGUAUGAAUACGUCAAGUCUGUUGGAAAAUUUAAAGAAACAAAGCGGACUGAAGGAAUUUCUACUUCUGAUAUAAUAAUGAGAAUUAUUAAAGAUUAUAAUCAAUAUGUAAUGCGUAAUUUGGAACGUGGUUAUACAAGAAAGGAUCUAGGUGUCAGCUAUGUCAAGGAGAAGAGGUUGAGAAUGAACAUGGGACUUAAAAAGUUGCAGGAGAGAGUGAAGAAACAGCAAGAGAAAGUGGGAAAGAAGAUUCAAACGGUGGGAAAAAUUGCUGGAAUGCACCCUAACGAAUGGGUUGAAAAUGCUGAUCGGUUGGUUGCUGGAUUUCUCGAGAUGUUUGAAGAAGGUUGCCACAAAAUGGGAACAGCAAUCAAAGACAGAAUACAAGAACGAUUAAGGGCACAGCAGCUGAAAUCUCUUCUAUAUGAUGAGUGGGAUGAUGAUGAGUGGGAUGAUGAUGAUGAUGAUGAAGUAUAUGAUGAUGAAGUAUAUGAUGAUGAAUACUACACCGACUAAAGUGCCAAAUAAACCUGUGUGUUUAUAGAUUUCAAACCGUUCUAUAACUAAAGCUAUAUCCUUUCUGUAAUGGUUACUAGAAUGACACUAUAAGAAGUCAUACAUUAUGCAAAAUGGUUUGUAAUCUGUACAUAGUUUGAUUUGAUAUCUCUGUUAUUGUUAAGAAGAUAAUUUCGAGAGUAACCGGGUGGGGGUACGUACACUUUCAAUGCAAUCUUUUACUUUUUCUUUU